GCACUUCCAAAUAUGGAACCUGAAAUGCAAGAAAUACAAAAGCGAAAGUCAAAAUACGUUUUCCAGUUGACCAGUCAUGACCAUGAGUGUGAUGUAGUAGUUGGUGCUGCCCUAUUAAACCAUUGACUUCGUCAUCAUCGCAGAGCAACAUAACCAGGUCACGAGGCCAGUGAAUACUGCUUACCACAAUGUGGCAUGACAGGAGAAAUGGUACGAUGUCCAUAUAUAUCCGCUGAUUCAGAUCAUCGGUUGGGCCGUGGACUAAACACGGCCGAGUCACCGGAAUCCAAUUGCUGCAGAUGUACAUUUUGCCUUGAACUUUGUAAGGAGACAUCCAACGAUGAAAUCACGGAAGUUUUCGGCAAUGUGUUCUCCUGUCUAUUCGGAGUGACGUCCGCCGGUAUGGUCAUUGCCGGAGCAGUCGUUUUGAAAGACUGCCAACAGGAACCUAUUAGUAUGCUAGGCAUAUACCUUAUCCUGCACGGGGUCGUCAUCUUGGGUGCACUGGUCAUGUACGGUAUCAAUCGAUGCUGCAAAUCCUUCAAGAGGACGCUCUACAUGACACUCACAAUCCUUCUAUUGAUUGUGCACGUUGGAUGUAUGAUUGCAGGAUGUCACUGGGUCAACACAGCCACGUGUUAUUCAGCAGAUCUUUACAAAGUCUCGCGUGGCUUUGUUGUCGCAGUCUGGUUGCUCAGCCUGUUACUCACUGCUGGAGUAAUCUGCCUGGAAGCCUUCAAAAGUUGCAGGGAGAAGAGACGAGAGAAUGAAGCGAUCACAAUUGAAAAUGAAGAUUAGAGAGCAUUACACUGAAAGAACACAAUAAUACUAACAUUUGCUCUUAGUUUAAUGGGCUAUUCAACAGACUUAGGUAAACUAUUGAAAUCCAUAUGAGCUCAAGACAAUCGCUGUGACUAUUCAUUUUGUUGUAUUUUUAUCUUUUACUUCUGUGUAACUCCCCACCAAGACUGACGAGGAUGAAACACAUUAGAAUGGUGUUACAGUAUAUCCUUAUUGAUAAGUGUGUUGUAAGAGCUCGUAUAUUAACAGUAAGACACGGUUUUCUUCAAGAUGUUGUUACAUUCGCACGAGAUUAUACAAUCAAAACGUUAAGCCCUGAGGGAUACAUUCGUCACAAUUAUUGAUAUACAGUAAAAAGCAUCCACAACGAAUACGCUUAUAUCGACUCUGACGGAUAUAACGCACUAUUUCUUCACUUCCGGCCACAUAUUUUAUUAUAUAAAAUUAAUGGAUAUGUUGCCUUCCAUUGUUUAUUGCUAAUCACCUGUCAGCACCAAUUAUCUUUUGGCUACCCUUGUUAAGUUUCCACCUUUUGUCAUCUUAUUACUUUUGUUGUCCUUACCUGUACAUAUAUAUGCUCUCUGCCUCAUAGCAUUCAUUCACCUGAUGAAGGAGUAAGCAUAUACUCCGAAACGUUGAGUUCGUCAUAAUAAAGAAGUUGAUAUUCAUAAAUUAUCUCCUUACUGACACCUUGACCCUAAUUAUCAUCCUCAAUAAACAAUAGCAAAUCAGUGAUUAGUCUAUAGCUUUUGAAGUGGAUAAAUUCUGUCUUUAAAUGCGUCUACAGAGUAAAUUCAGUCGGAAUGCUUAGGACGAACUACGGUUAUAACGAACUAAAAUUAGUGGUCCAUUUGAGUUCGUUAUAACCGCAGUUUACUGUAUUUUCAAACAAAUUAGAUUGGAAGAAAACCCCAAAGCGCAUAUCCUCGGAACUACAUGAACUAUUAACGAAGCUGCUAAUGUAGAAUUAUUUUUAUUAUUAAUGAAAUAACAACCAUUACAAACCAACAUUUCCACAGCUGUUAUUAUUGCCAAUUAACCAAAUUGACUACAAACACACUUUUCAAUUGCAACAGUAAUGAACUAAAUUGAAGAGACUGUCGGGGAUUGAAACUCGCCUUUUCUGGGUGUUUAACAAUCAGCGAUUGUCAGCCAUGACGCCCAUUUUCUCGACGUGUUGAUGUUGUGGUACAGUGUUUCCAACAUUGAGAAUAUCCUUUUAGUCAUGCUCUCUGUAAGUUAUGUUGAGCUCUGCAGGCUAUAGCGAGUACUGUGUGACUACACUUUGUCAGUAUUCUAUGUUAACCUUAUUAUUUUUACGAAUCUUAUUGUAAGCUGUAGGACGUCACUGUAAGAAUAUUUCUGUUAGAUAACGGUUCUUUAUCUACAUCGUAAGAGGCGACUAACGGGAUCGGGUGGUCAGGCUCGCUGACUUGGUUGAUGCAUGCCAUCGUAUCCAAGUUGCGUGGAUCGAUGCUCAUGAUGUCAAUCACUGGAUUGUCUGGUCCAGACUCGAUUAUUUACAGACCGCCGUCAUAUAGCUGGAAUAUUGCUAUAUUGUGGCGUUAAUCAACAAACAAACAAACAAAAUCUUCUUUCUUCAAAUAAAAUAAAAGAAUUUAGAACAGAAUCAUGAUUAUAGUAAUGGAUAUCUGAAAAAGCGAACAUAAAAAAUGGAUUCGAUCCAUCAAUACACUUAAACUAAGAAACAUUUCGAUCGAAUAAAAUUGCUUUAUGUUCUAACGUAAGAAGAAGUAUUAAUAUUGUACGAGUGUUUCAUUCGGCUGUCAGUGAGACCAUAUGCAUAUCUUUAAAAGGAAACCACUGCAUCAAGAUCAAGGUUUCGAUGUUUUUUUAAUAAAUAACUUUUUCCAAAUCCCUGAAAACACUAUGGUUUCAUCUGUAUGGUGUACCUUCAAGGUAGGAUACGUAUAGAUAAGAUAAAAACCAUUUAGAUUUUGGUGGCCGCCUUUAUCAAAUAUUAAUCUUUUACUUUUAAACCGACAGUUUCAUUCAAUACUUAUGCCAAGUGAGUUCACAUUGACAAAUGUUUGUCGUGUUAAGAAUCGGAUAUUUCUUCCUCGAAACAAAAACAAGAGAGUUUAUUAAGCGUCGUAGUUAUACUUAUCUUACAGUAGAAAAUACCUACCGACAUAACAACCGAUGCAAGUAAAAAAUAUAAUGAUAGAACUGUGUAUUGUGUAAUAUUUGUGUCACAUGCCUUUUCAAUAUUCAUGUUGUAUUUUUAGUUGACUAGUAAUUUGAUAUGUACUAUAUAACAAUAUUCUUUACCACUAUUGUGACAUUACGAUUGAUUUUCUUGAUAAAAACUGCUUAAUCACAACA